AUGGCUGUCUUCCCGAUCGUCGCAACAGUAUUCCUGCUACUUUCGCCGUCGGUUUUAGGCCGCACUAUUCUGCCGAAGGACUAUACGUCUAAAUGGCAUUCGAAAAUCCAAUCCGAAGUCAAAGACUUCAAGUGGGAGAUUUACACUAACGGCAGAGGCAAGAUGGAGAAGGGCAAGCUUAAAUGCAACGGGAAGUGGAAGGACGCGGUUGCUUACGGGGCUCAGAAGAAGGAGAUCAGAGAGUUAUGUGUACGUUUGCAUGAGAAGCAUCAAGAUGAUAGAGGGUACGAAGACUCCCCUACGAAAUACAAUUGUAUUCUCGACCCGAACGAUAAGGGAAACGAUCAUGGAAGGAAGAACCGUGAUUGGCUAUGCUAUGAAAAGGCCCCUAAGGCGGUGUUGCUUCCUCCUCAUGGUCCAUCGUUAGAAUCUGACUGCCCAGCGGAGAACCCUAUCUAUCACAGAGCUCGAUGUGGCGUUUCUAUCGUACCCGAGGCUUGUCUCUUCCCACACUGCGUCUACCGACCUUGA